GCUGAGCUGCUCUAAGGCAGACGCGGAAGAUAUCGCUCCCGACCGAGUUGGCCUGUGUGGGCGUGCGGCCGGUUUUCUCCAUCCUCUCCGGCUUUCCUGAUCGAAUUUCUCCAUGGCUUGUGUUGAGAAUGUCCUUGAAGGACAUGCUUCUUCAUCCAUAGCAAUGACUGUAGAUGAAAAUGUGAAACCAAGACCUGACCCCAACAAAUUCCUCCAGUGUUCGAGUACCAUGCUGAAGGAAGAGGCGGAAUCCUGGGGCAAACCUCGUAGACCCUUGAGACCUCCCCUCUACGUGCCACCAGAACUGACAAGAGGGCAACUGGAGGGCCCCAGGGAGAGAAGAGGAUCCUGCAUUCCUGUCGACACUUUGAGAGCUCUCCAAUGCCCAUACUGGCCUCCACCUGCUGCUGCGAAAGGGUCCCUAGCAACAGCAGAAGUAAAUAGUUCUGUGGGGUUGGCAGGCUGGGGCCAGAUGGGACAAGAUUCUAUUAAUGUGUCCCAAAAAUUCCCUGGCUGCUCUCCCUCAGUGAUGAUAAGCAACGAGGGCGCUGAGGGUGGUGUCAAUAAGGCAAAGUUCCAUUCGGUUUUGCAACAAGGUCAAGGGUUCUUUCCACCCAGGGGCCCACUAAUAAAAGAUCCUCCACCUAUCCCCACUGUUGGAUCAGGGAUAAAGAUGGAGGAGCCUCCAGUAAAUGUGAAAAUGGCUGGCAAUGAAAAGAUGCCUCAAGCUGCUUUCCCACUGGGAGGCCCAUGGAACCCCAUGUAUAAUUGCCCAAGGCCUAUCAUCAUGCCUGCUAGUGUUGCACAUGUAGGUUGGCUCACUAAUGGUCCUUGCUUCAUACCAUCUGGACCCCCGAGUUCCUACCCAUUUCUCAAUUUGCCUUUUCCUCCUCCCCCAAUGUACCGUCCCCCACUGCUUCCCUAUUUUGGCAAUUUCCCUUCUAGUGAACUGCCACCUCCUUAAUUCUUAAACAGAGAGAACAAAUCAUAAAAAAA